AUGGCGGCGAAAAACAAGCAGCGCAGGAAGCCUAAAGCGAGCUUUAGAGAGACUUUACAGACCGAAGACAGAGACAUGGAGGCUGACAACAGCGGAGGAGAGGAAGAGGAGGAUCAGGUAGAUGAUGGAGGUGAAGAAGGAGGGAAGAAAGAAGAAGAAGAAGAGUUCAGUCUGGACGAGGUGUUGAGGCUGGGAGGAACUCAGGCCGAGUACAUCCAGCUCGCCGCCCUGAACGACACCAACGAGCUCGUCGACGGAGGAAAGAAAGGAGCGAUAGACGACCUGGAGGAGGGCGAGCUCGAGAAGUUCAUCACCAAACUGGGCAUCCGGGCGUUCGCCGGACUGCAGUCCAUUCCGGACGAGCCCGAGGGCGACGCCACAGUGAGCGGCGGCGAGAAGGAAAGUAAAAAGACCAAAGCAAAGAAAGCAUCAGAGGAGCAAACAUCCAACGCCAACGCUCCGCAGAAAGUUAACAACAAGCAGGAAGUGGAAGACAAACCGAAGGCGAAGAAGACCAAAGACGGCGGGAAAAAGAAACAGAACGUGAACGUGUUUGAGUUCCAGCAGAGGUCGGUGCUGCUGGUCAAACCCGGCGGGAAGUGGUUCGACCUGGAAUACGCCGCCGAGGGCUCGUCGACGUCGCAGGAUUCCUCGCUGGUGAACCAGUACAAGGCGCUCGCCCAGCAGCUGUUUGAGGCCGACGUGGCGCUCUACAAGAGCAAGAAGAACCUGCAGAAAGGAGCCAACUCCAACUGGAUGAAGACGGUCGUCUCCUCCGGUGUGCUGGCGGACAGGAUGGCGGCCAUGACGGUCUUGAUCCAGGACGCUCCGGUACACACGCUGGAGCACGUGGAGAACCUGGUGUCCAUGGUGAAGAAGAAGGGCAGCCGGCGGAUGGGUCUGAUGGCGCUGGACACGCUGCGGGAGCUGCUGCUGUCCAACCUGCUGCCGGAGAACAGGAAGCUCCGCGCCUUCGCCCAGCACCCGUUCGACCAGCUGGAGGAGAAGGCCAGCGGCAACCGCGACGCCCGCGACCGCCGCCUCAUCCUCUGGUACUUCGAGCACCACCUGAAGCACCACGUGGCCGAGUUCGUGGCGGCUCUGGACACGGUGGCUCACGACACGGUGGCCGCCACCAAGGCGAAGGCGCUGGCCACCGCCCACGAGAUGCUGUGCAGCCGCCCGGAGCAGGAGAGGGCGCUGCUCAUACAGGUGGUCAACAAGCUGGGAGACCCCGAGUACAAGACGGCGGCCAAAGCGUCGUACCUGCUGGAGUCGCUGCUGCACAAACACCCCAACAUGAAGGUGGUGGUGUGCUGCGAGGUGGAGCGCCUCAUGUUCCGGCCCAACAUCAGCGCCAAGGCGCAGUACUACGCCGUCUGCUUCCUCAGCCAGGUGAUGCUGAGCCACGAAGAGGCUGAUCUCGCCGCCAAACUCAUCACCAUCUACUUCUCCUUCUUCCGCGCCUGCGUCAAGAAGAAGGACAUCGAGUCGAAGAUGCUGAGCGUGCUGCUGUCGGGCGUGAACAGGGCGUAUCCGUACGCCGGCGUCGGAGACGAGAAGGUGAAGGAGCAGCUGGACACGCUGUUCAAAGUGGUUCACCUGGUGAAGUUCAACACGGCGGUGCAGGCGCUCAUGCUGCUCUUCCAGGUGAUGGACUCGCAGCAGAGCGUCUCUGACCGAUACUACGUGGCUCUGUACAGGAAGUUGCUGGACAGCGGGCUGUCGUCGUCCUCCAGACAGAGCAUGUUCCUCAACCUGCUCUACAAGUCUCUGAAGGCCGACAUCGUGCUGCGGCGGGUCAAAGCCUUCGUGAAGCGACUGCUGCAGGUCAGCGCCGAGCAGAACGCCAGCUUCGCCUGCGGGGCGCUCUUCCUGGUGUCGGAGGUCAUGAAGGCCAAACCGGGCCUCAAGAUCCUGCUGCAGGAGGGCGAGGACGGGGAGGAGGAGGAGUUCAAAGACCUCGCUGAAGAGAACGAUGAUGAUGAAGAGGAGCGCUUUGUGGACGCCGACAAACUGGAGGACGGAGCGAGUGUAGUGACAGAGGAGGCAAAGCCCACUGCAUCAUGGGUACAUCACCAGAACCUGGAAGGAGGGAAGAGAGAGCAGAACUACAACCCGCUGCACAGGAACCCGUUAUUCUGCGGCGCCGACCACACGACUCUAUGGGAGCUGCAGAGGCUCGCCGUUCACUUUCACCCGUCCGUGUCGCUGUUUGCAAAAACCAUCCUGCAGGGAGGCUCCAUCCAGUACUCCGGUGACCCGCUGCAGGACUUCACCCUCAUCAGGUUCUUGGACCGCUUCGUCUUCAGAAACCCAAAACAGCUGAAAGGAAAACAAAACACGGACGCUGCAGCGCUGAUGCCCAAACAGAGAUUACGUCUUCACUCGAUACCAGUGAACUGUGAAGAGUUUCUGUCUAAAGAAGAGAGUCAGAUCCCCGUCGAGGAAAUCUUCUUCCAUCGCUUCUUUAAGAAGCGUCAGCAGGAGAAGCAGCUUCAGAAUCGCCGGCAGCGAAAAGACGGCGAUAACAAGAGCGUGGAGGACGUGGACGACGAGGAGUUUGAGAAACUGCUCGAUUCCUGUGAGGGAGACUCGUACUUCACUGAGAUGGAACAACAGGAUCUGGACUUUGCAGGUAAUGUGAAGAGUAAAGUAAAAGGAAAGAAAGCCGCGGAGGACUCGGACUCGGACGACUCGGACAUGGACGACCUGGACGACGAGGAGAUGUCUCUGGGCAGCAUGGACGAGGAAGACUUCGGAGACGAGCUGGAGGAGGAAGGAGGGACGUUCAUGGAUCCUGACGGAGGAGGUGGAGAUGAAGACGAUGAAGAAGUUCCGGAGCUGGAGGACGACGACGCUGCAUCCGGUGAUUCAGAUGAUGAGAUGAAAGUUCCAGAUAUCACUCCUCGUACCAAGAAGGGGAAAAGGAAAUCCUCUGAGGAGCUCGUCUUCUCUGGAUCUUCAGGUGUGAAACCGGGGAAGAAGAUGAAGAAAGGAAAGAAAGAUGCCAAAAUGUUUGCUUCUGCUGAAGAGUUCGGUUCCAUGUUGGACGAGAAUUCCGGUUCCAAGUUUGACAACAUCGGAAUUAACGCGAUGGCCAACACCGACAAAGCAGGCCUGAAGCAGUUGAAGUGGGAGGCGCAUCGCGACGACUGGAUCCAAGGCCGCGACGUGAAGACGCUGCGCAGAAAGAAGACCAUGUUCAACAAGAAGAAGACGUUCGGUCGACCCAGGGCAGGAGGCAACAAGACACUUGGGAACAAGAAGAGGAAGAAGUAGCAGCCGCCGUGUGUUUGUGGAUUUUUAAACUGACUGACACCUUCAAUCCUGUUUGGCCGACCAGGCUUCAUGGUCUCUCUCUCGGAUGCCUUGGACCCCCGCCCACUCGUUGGACUGGUAGUAAACUGGGAGGAAACAGACAAACAGACUUUGGUUCAUAUUGCCCCUGUACAUGUACUUCAACGAAGAUUAAAGUUAUUCACAUUUUCUGAUGCAGUUUAUGGUUAUGUUUAUACAAGUAAUUAUGUAAACGGCAGAAAAGUGCCCAUAUUAUCAUUUUUGAUCAAUUAAACAUUUAAAUGGUUA